AUGAAAAACGAGACACUACAGAAUUUCUUAGUCGGAUUUCUGCUUAUUUUAGCUGUAGCAGUUCUUGUUCAUGCCCAAGAUCAAACAAGAUUCAUAAGUAUAGAUUGUGGACUGCCAGCAAAUUCUUUCUAUACAGAUGAAACGACAACCCUAAACUAUGUUUCCGACACAGCAUUCAUCGACACGGGCGUAAUUACCAACUUAUCCCUAGGAUCCACAUCAAAUACCACCAGCCGCCAGCAAUUGUCUGUCCGAAACUUUCCUGAAGGUGACAGAAACUGUUACAACAUAAAAAUUGUCAAUGGCACUAAAUAUUUGAUCAGAGCUAUUUUCUUGUACGGAAACUACGACGGCUUCAAUAAACUACCGGAGUUUGAUCUGCAUUUAGGACCCAACAAAUGGGAUAAAGUGAAAAUUUUGAAUUCAACCUCUCCUGUAAUAAAGGAAAUUAUCUAUACACCUGAAUUGAACUAUGUUCAUGUCUGUCUUGUCAAUACGGGAUUCGGAUCGCCUUUCAUAUCUGCAUUAGAAUUGAGGCCUCUGAAGAAUACUACAUACAUAGCUCAAUCUGGAGCUCUGGCGAAAUUCGCAAGGCUGGAUUUUGGUUCUUUGACAAAUCGAACCGUCAGGUAUCCUGACGAUGUUUAUGACCGUAUCUGGACUCCUAACCAUUUCCAGAAAUGGAAAGAUUUGGGAACAUCAAAGACGGUCGAUGCGGACGAUCACAUUGAUUUCCAGCCACCGUCAGCCGUAAUGAUGACGGCCAGCACGCCGAAAAAUAUUAGCGAGAACCUAGAUUUAUUUUUAAAUAAUGAGGAUGCGAGUAAACAAUUUUAUGUCUACAUGCACUUUGCUGAAAUCGUUAAGCUUCGAGCUAACCAGUCUCGUCAAUUCAACAUUUCUUUCAAUGGAACAUUAUGGUUCGGACGUGUUGUUCCUGGUUACCUAAUCUCCAACACUGUAUAUAGCCAAUUUCCUAUCAAGGGAGUUAAAGAUGAUAUAUUCUCACUCUUUAAAGUCAGAGGUUCCACCCUGCCACCGCUCAUCAAUGCUAUCGAAGCAUAUGUUGUUGUUGAUCUCUCGCAAUUGCAGUCAGACCAAGAAGACGUUGAUGCUAUCAUGAAAAUCAAGUCAGAUUAUCGAAUUAUAAAAAACUGGCAAGGAGAUCCAUGUGCUCCUCAACAUUAUGCGUGGCAGGGUCUAAAUUGCAGCUACAAUGGUAUUGAUCCACCAAAAAUCACAUCCCUGAAUUUAUCUUCGAGCGGAUUGAGCGGAGAGGUGAAUUUUUAUAUGGCCAAUCUCAAGACGUUGGAAUCGCUGGACUUAUCAAAUAAUAGCUUGUCAGGAUCCGUGCCUGAUUUUCUAUCUAAAAUGACAUCAUUGAAAGUCCUAAACUUGGCAGGAAACAAUCUCACAGGUACGAUUCCAACUGACCUCUUUGAGAGAUCACAAAAGGGUUUACUAUUGCUAAGUGUCGACGGGAAUCCGGAACUCUGUCCGUCCCUUUCCUGCAAGAAAAAGAAGAAGAAGAAUAGCAUUGUUGUUCCUGUGGUGGCAUCAAUAGCUGCAUUUCUCAUCUUAGUAGCUGCGUUGGCAGUCAUUCUACGCUUCUUGUUAGUACGUUCAAAAGGCGAGACUAAAAUAAGGCAUGAAACAAAAGAUGAUCCAAUGGAGUUAAAGAAAACACAAUUCAAAUACUCUGAAAUUCUCAGGAUUACGAAUAACUUUGAGAAAAUUCUGGGUAAGGGAGGAUUUGGAACAGUUUAUUAUGGAAUUUUAGAUGAUGAUACUCAAGUUGCUGUAAAGAUACUUUCUCCAUCCUCAGUUCAAGGACAAAAGGAAUUCCAGGCAGAGGUUAAGCUUCUUUUAAGAGUUCAUCAUAGGAACUUGACUGCUCUUGUCGGGUACUGCAAUGAAGGCACCAACAUGGGGCUUAUCUAUGAGUACAUGGCUAAUGGAAACUUAACAGACUAUCUAAAAAAUAGCAAUGUGAGUGGCUUAAGCUGGGAAACAAGACUUAGAAUAGCAGUCGAAGCGGCACAAGGAUUGGAGUAUAUGCACAACGGCUGUAAGCCACAGAUUGUGCACAGAGACGUGAAGGCAACGAACAUUUUACUAAAUGAUACAUUCCAAGCCAAAUUAGCUGAUUUUGGCUUGUCAAGAGUUUUUGUUGAUGGUGGCACACAUAUCACCACCGUUGUCGCUGGGACUCCCGGCUACCUUGAUCCUGAGUAUUACGUAACCAACUGGUUAACAGAGAAAAGUGAUGUAUUUAGUUUCGGAGUUGUUCUUCUGGAAAUCAUAACUGGAAAAGCAGCGAUAUCUAAAACCAGUCACAUAAGCCAAUGGGUUAGUUCGAUGCUUGAGACUGGAGAUAUUCACAGAGUUGCGGAUUCGAGUCUAAACGGAGAAUUUGAGGUCAAUUCGGCAUGGAAAGCUGUGGAAUUAGCAAUGGCUUGUGUGGCUACAACUUCUACUAGAAGGCCAACGAUGAGUCAAGUGGUCGUAGAACUGAAUGAGUACUGUUUGAAGAUCGAGAUGGCUCGAAAAAGACAAGGCCAUAUUGCUCAAUCAUACCACUCAACUGAGUUUAUGAAUGUGAAUGUGGAUUCUGAGUUGUCUCUUGUUGCAAGAUAAUUUUAAUUAUAAGGGAAAACUCAUAUCAAUAGUUUUCCAACUUCAAUAAAUUUGUGUUUCCUAAACUCUUUAGUGUUUAAUAAAA